AUCGCCCACCCACUUCACAACUGACAGUCGGACUCAGCGCUUCUCGACAAGCCCACAUCACCAUUCUCCCCUACCCAACAAAGAGACCCUUCUCUACAGCCUCAAUAACUGCGAUAUCCUGGUGACUAUGGCGCCUUCUUGAAACAGCGCUGGUCAAAAGAGUCCGGACACAUGCAACACGAAAUGGCAGGCGUCAAGAGGUCCCUGGGGACCUUUCUUGGCCACGAGGAUACCUUGCUUCGACCAAACGGCCACAGCCGACCGAAGACCGUCCACUACAAUCAUGGAAUUCCCCGCGAUAACCUCGAUAAUUCGACACCGCAAUCACAGUCUUUCAAACUGAGCGAUGUGCUUCAGUCUCAACCUCCAUCCCGGGCUACUUCUCGAGCCAAUUCGAGAGCCAAUUCUCAAUCCGCGGCUCCGUCAAAUACGGACCAACACGAUGGACUUACUCGAACACCCUCUCCAACCUUUCCUCCCUUGACUGGGCAGGUUCCAGAUUUUAGUCCAGAUGCGUCAAUGAUACUUGUUGGUAUGCGCGGAGCUGGAAAGUCGACAUUGGCUAUCAUGGCAUCCUCGGCAAUGGACCGCAAAGUCAUUGAUCUUGAGCCAGCUUUCCAGAGAUCCAUGGGCCUGUCGAGUGCCGCUUAUAAGUCCGAACAUGGGUCUUCAGAGUGCUACAAGCAGCAAGCCAAGGUCCUGCAAAGUAUUUUGCAGCGACAUUCUACUGGCUGCAUCCUUGUCUGUUCCUGGAUGGAGAGUCGCGUGCAGAGUCUCCUCCGAGAGUUUGCAGCGACCAACCCAGUUAUCCACAUUGUCCGCGAUUUUGAUGCCAUUCAAAGUCAUCUCAAGAUCCGCGACGGUACCAAGGUCCAGAGCUUGCUCGAUGUUAGCAACGCCAUCUUUAGGUCUUGCACCAACUUCGAGUUCUUUAAUGUCACAGAGAGAGUUUCCAAGUCGUCGCUUUCUCGGGAAUCAUUGACACAAAGAUCACCUGCUCCAUAUUUAACAUUAAAACAUGUUGAGCGACACUUCCUAAAGUUUCUGUCUCUUGUUUACCCAGCGGGCACAAUACCGUUCACAGAUUCUGCAUUCCCAUUAUCGAGGAUACCUGCGGAGGAACGCAACUUUACCUACGCUACCUCCAUUCCUCUUACCGACGUUCUUAAAGACUCUGUGGAUGUUGAAGAGCAUGUCAUUGGAGCAGAUGUUGUGCAAAUAGUCGUCCAUGACUUGGCUGAACAUGCCGAACAGGGCACAUUGACGUCUGAAGCCAGCGCAAAGCUGCUUGCCAACAUUACCAAAGGUGUCGGUAUCGUAAGGCGAAGCACAAUCUUACCCAUAAUCCUACAUCUAUUCUUACCUCAUACAGCAAGCGACGAAGUCUUGCGUGUCUACCUCGAUCUCGUUCACCAUUCCGUACGACUAGCACCAGAAAUGAUGACAGUUGAUCUUCGACUCGAAGACGUCCACAUCUCACGCAUACUAUCUAUUCGAAAGAGAACAAAGAUGAUUGGCAAUUGUUUCAUUACCACAGAUCCUCCGUCAUGGGAAUCUCCAAUAUGGAUGUCGUGGUAUAAGAAGGCCAACAAUCUGGGAUGCCAUCUUGCUAGAUUGAUUCGUCCUGCAGUUACUAUUGAAGACAAUUUCCGCAUUCACUGCCUUAAGACAUCAGUUGCAGCUUUACAGGGGCCGAAGAUCCCACUUAUAUCUUACAAUUCUGGCCCUCUGGGUCGGAAUUCCCAAGCUUUCAAUCGUAUUCUUACUGUUGUCCGACCAGACUCGCUGGAGCGGGUGAAUCCCAGGCCCCCAAUAACACCAUCAAUUACCACGGUCGGCGCAACAGAAGCUCUUUUCUCGUCUUUUAUAUACGACCAGAUGAAGCUUUACGUCUUUGGCGCCAACGUGAGCUAUAGUUUGUCUCCUGCGAUGCACAAAGCAGCAUUAAAGGCAUGCGGUUUGCCCCAUACCUACGAGCCAGUGUCUUGCGCGUCGCUUAGAGGAAUCAAGCAUUUAAUCGAGGAUCCAGAAUUUGGUGGAGGUUCAAUCGGCCUCCCCUUCAAAGUUGAGAUCAUUACCUUGACACAUUCAUUGAGCAAACAUGCCCGGGCAAUCGGUGCCGUCAAUACGCUGAUUCCCAUCCGCUCCCUAAAUGAAGACGGGACAAUUCCUACUGGGGCUGCUUUCUUCGAUAGCGUUAAUCGCUCUGGUCCCAUCAAGGCUCUGUAUGGCGAAAAUACGGAUUGGAUUGGCAUCCGCGCGUGCAUUCGCCGCGGCCUCUCUCCCGCCAACGCAGUCGUGUCCAGCAGCUGUGGUCUGGUCAUUGGAGCGGGUGGCAUGGCUAGAGCAACGGUCUACGCGAUGCUUCAAGUUGGUAUCAAGAACAUUGUUAUCUGUAAUCGCACACCCAAGAACGCCGAAAAAAUGGUGAUGCACUUUACGCAGGUCCUUGAGAGGAAGGACCAUGGCCUACUGAGCGCUGGUAGCGAGCAUUCUCGCUUCCAUGUCAUCGAGUCAAUAGAAGAUGCCUGGCCAACAGAAUUCCGACUACCCACCGUCAUUGUUUCUUGUAUCCCAACUCACCGCAUCGGCAACGUCCCAGCCCCCGAACUUACCCUCCCUAACGAGUGGCUGGGAAGUCGGACUGGUGGUGUCGCAAUUGAGCUUGGGUACAAGACAUUAGAUACACCAUUCCUAGCCCAAUUCCGAGCAGAGUCGCAUCGUGGUUGGGUAAGUAUGGAUGGUCUUGAUAUGUUGCCAGAGCAAGGUUUUGCUCAAUUUGAGUUGUUUACUGGUCGGAGAGCACCGCGUCGGCUUAUGAGGAGGAUGGUGUUUGAGGCAUACCCCAAUGAGGAGGGCAAGUCGAAUUUUGAGGAGUUACAGCCUAGGUUGCAGUCGCUUGAUGAGCAGGAGACAUGAUAAUGAAUUGAAGUUUGAGUAAUGUAUCUGAAUAACUCAUUGCUGUUGAUUGUGUUCAAAUCAUUUAUCGUUCGUAAAUUACUGCAGGUAUGGCUGGCCCAACGUCCAGGCCGCUUAAGAUCACCUGACAUGGUUCAUGACCCUUGCAGUCAAUUACAUAUUGCUAAUCCUCAUCAUUUGACUCUCUCAAUCAAUACGGACGCAUCACGGCCCGUUUCUCCGCGUGAUGCUAUCUCGCUGUAUCCCCAAGUCUCUUCGGGGAGUCAAGCCUACCCUGAAGUUCUCGUCUCGCUUAUAUCACAAUGCUGUCGCAAAGUUCACCAACAUCGAUAAAAAGGGCAUGCCUGUCUCCUAUGAUAUUGGUAUCAUGAUUGGCGAACCUGGGGAAAGUUAUAUUAUAUUGAGCUCGAUAUCGGGAAAGCUUUCAGGCGUGAUGUUGUUUCCCAACUUGGAUCCGAUGGUGCACACCAAGUCGUAACGCUGCCACUUCGUUUUGAUCACCGUUCAUUACACUUCAUACAUCAGUCCUUUCCGCUUCCUCGGAUUGAGAUACACCAAAACUUGGGCGAUUCUAAGCAUGACGUGAGUUCUGCGACACUUUGGCUCACAGGGAAUUGGAAUGCAGUCACACUUGAUGGGUCACCAGACGGUUCGUAUCUUGUUACCAAUGCACAUUUUUGAACGGCUCUAAUCAUUUCGUGCUUUUCUCCUUUCGAUAGAGGAUUUUGAGAGAAUGUCCCGAGAAACCGCUGUCAAGCUCAAGGGCGCAUUGGAUAAGUUGAAGGAUAAGGUAGCUAGCUUGGUUACGAAAUAGGCUUACUUGAACCUGGAGCCUCUGAUGUAUUUUGUUAUUCGUCUGGAAACCAAUUGAGGUAUAAGUGAUACCCCCCAUUCACAA